CGCCCGUACAGCAGAAUACAUACAUAACGUAGAUUCCGCCCGCGCCAGCGGCCCCAACUGUCCCAGGCCAUGCAGCGAGCAAUUUGGGUUUGAAUAUAUCAAGUACGUACCCUGCUCACGUUUGCCGGACUCUUUGGGCCCCCCUGCUUCACAAGCCAAACCGCCCGUCAUCUCGAUUCGACACCCAUCAGCCAGCCGUCAUGUAUAACUUUCUGCAACGGUCUCCGUCUCAGAAAAGUAUCUCAUCAUCCACCUCAUCGACCCUCUCUCAAUCAUCAAUCGCACGAGAACCCAGAUCAACUCAUCGCCGACGAAAGUCAAACCAACGCGUCGACAUGGCCAUCAAACUCAGUCUGUCAGCAUCAUCAUAUGCGAAAUGUUCACCUCCAUCAUUAAGCCGUCAACACUCGUACUUCACAACCAGGCAGGACUCUGGCAGAGAUGAUGCCACUGCUACCUUGGCUCGAGUAGUACUACGCACUGGUCGCUCAGCGGGCUUGAGCAUCAAUGAACCUUCUUUGCCGUCGUCGCCAACAGACAGCGUUCAAUCAGAACGACGGACCAGCUGGGAGGACUUUCGAAUGCCCAGCGAUGGCGGCUAUAUCUCAUUCCCGGAUUUCGACACCUUGGUCCAUUCGGCAAAACCUCCAUCAACGCAGGCACAGCAUGGAACGAAAGCAUCGGGUUGAGAGUUCCCAUCAGCUUGACGCCCAUGCUCUCUGCCAUCAAUCACAUUAUUGACCU